AUGUCCGCGCAUUGUUUUACUAGGAUGGCAGGCAAUCUAACUGAGCCUAUAGCCACAGAUGUUUUAGGCCGGUUGGCAAACCUCCUCCUACCGGGUUUCGGCCAUGUGAAGGACUUGUUCACCCACGGCGAGGCUAAGAGGAACCCACGCUGUGUCAGUAUUCCGCGUCAGUAUUGCGCUUGGCCGCUCUCCACCGCUGCACCGCUGAUGCUGUGGUGGUGGCUUCUCCCUACCCUCCGCAGCCGAGUGGUAAGAGGCAAAGCCACAGACCAGGUCCCCUGCUGGGCGCGCAACCUCACAGAAGACUGGCAUAAAGUGGAAGUGUCAUAUAAAGAG